AUGAACAAUUCAUUAUGUUUUAUUAUAAUUAUCGUCGUGAAUUUAAUAUCAACGAUCCAUUCACAAACCAGCGAUAAUUCAUCUUGCAAAGGUCAGUUCUUAAUUUUAAUGGUCUUGUUCGUGGCUUUUUGUAAAUCGUUAAAAUUUACAAUUUGUUAUUUUCUUAACUUUUUCUUCGUUAUAAGCAUUAUAUAUUUUCUUUAAUAAUAUUUGUUUAAUGUACCGAUUUUCCUACGUUCUUUGGCUUUUCCCAUGUUUUUUUCCUGGUUUUUCACAUUUGAUGAGAAAACUUUUGAGAAAAAAUACUUCUGUCAUAGUAUUACGUAAAUUGGUUUUUCUAUGGUUUAUACUCGAAAAGGUUCUUUCAGGAGUAGUUGUUGAUACGGAAUGUGUACAUAAAAUCUUGAGAAGAAAAUGUAUAUUGGGGUAUAAAUCUACAAAAAAAGUGCAUCCAGUGCAGUCUUUAUACUUAAAUUAUUAGUAGACAUUUUUUUCCCACAUUUUCAACUCGGUUAUAAUGACACAUGUUUGUCGAUCACCGGUGAGUAAAAUUCAACAAGCUUAUUAAACUGACCAGUUUUUUCAAGAGUUAGUUUAGAAGUACUUGGAUUAUUAAAGAGGCAUUGCAAAUUCAAAUUAUCUAUCAAACUGAUAUAAUCUUUAACUAUAAUUAUAUAUAAUUUGUAUCACAAUGCACCUACAAUUUACUUACUUCGUAAUCGUUAUACUAUUAUACAUUUAUAGAGAAAACGCGUGAGCAAAAAUGUCCAGGACAUUUGUCCAAUCAAUUUUUAUUUUAUAAAUUAUAAAACAAGUAAAAAAAAAAAAGGGUCUAGGGAUCAUUUAGCAUCUAAAUCACACCCCCAGUUAAGCUACUGCUCGGUCUAUAAGACAAUUCUCACGUUUUACUCCGACAGGUGAUUAUAGCUUAUUAUAAAUUAAAUAUCGUUACAUUUCUGUUCACUUUAGAUUUUCAAUUUUAAUUUUGGGUGCCUACGCAUUUAAUUAUAUUGAUUAAUUGAGCAGUUUUUCAAUCUGGUUAAAUAUUAUUGUUUUUUUUUUUUUUUUUUUGUAGGCCUUGGAUACGCGGCAUGUUCAUAUUUCGGUAGUAUUAGCAAAAUAUGUGUGGGCCAGUCGGACGUACCAAUCGAAAACUUACCAAAACAGUGUACUUCGUACAUUUUUGAUGGUUUAACCGUGGAUAUAUUGUACCAUGUUUAUAACACUUAUACACCAAUCAAUGAACGUAAGUACAUGAGUACAUAAUUUAAUAUGUAAAAGAAGGGAAAUAAUAUAAUCAAAAACUAUUAUUGUGCUUUAUUAUUCAUAGCAUAUUUGGAUAUGCUUUUGAAAACCGGUACGCCCGUAUUCGUAUAUUACGGCCAUAUCACUGAACAAGAAUGGUCUCAAGUCCUUGCUUGCGAUGCAGGUUGUUCGGGAGGAGUAAACGCUAAAGACGAAAUGGAAGGCAUACAGGCUUACUUAAAUGAACACCAAGGUAUAACCGGACUUAUUCUUACGGGUUUAGAAUAUAACGUAAGCAUUAUUUUCAUUAUUAUUAUUAUUAUUAUUAUACGAAGUGCUUCAAUUGGAAAAAAAAAUUAGAAAGGGAUGCAAAAGCGUAAAAAAAUGAAUUUAUUGAAUGUAUUUGAAGAAUUAAAUGUCAUUGAAUGUUAUGUUCAUAAUGUUUAUUAUGAAAAAUUUGGAAUGUACUAAAACACUGUUUUUUUUUUUAAAAAAUAGGAGACACUUAGUCUUCCUUUCUCGCCAAUUUAAGCAAUGAUGAUCAGAUACAAAAUGAAAUGUAAUUGACCAAUAUUAUAAUAAUCAUUUUUACCUUGUAAAACGCGAUUCUAGUUGUAUUUAAUUUUGAAAAUACUUUGUUGAUACUGAUAGAGUAUCGUUAUAUUUGUAGAUUGAGUCAAACAAGUUUCAAAAUUAUACUGAUAAUUUAAAAAUAUAUCUUGAAGUACUAAGGCAAACCUUUCCGGAUUUAGAAAUUGGUAUAAACAUAGACGGGAAUUAUAUUAUAGAUACCUAUAACAAUGUAUAUGCAGAAUGUGAGUAAUUUUUUAAGUAUAGGUAUUUACUAUUUAUGUAUUUUAAUUUAUAAUAUUUUGAAAAAUUUGUUCAUAUAGUCGAAGUUAAGUGAUGAGCUGAUACUUUUUUAGCAAUGAAAUGUUUUUGUAUUUUAGAUUCUGAGUGGAUCGAAGAAGCUUAUGGUUUUACAAUAAUGUUUUUUUUUCUGUGCACAACUUUUUUACCAGAAAUCUUUUUUUCGUUAGCAAUGGUUUAUCGUUGCUUACAGGCAUACAUUAAAUUACCUAUACCAGAGGCUGCACCCGUCUUCAUUAUCUUAGGACAACUUUUCAAAAAUGAUUAAGACAAUGAGAACAAAAGAAAAGCGUGAUUUUUUUUUUUUCGAAAACAUUUUUCGUUAAUCACUAUCAUAAUUGUUUUUUCCGUCUUUCCGUCUUUCCGUCCCGUGCUAUGUAUUAUAUGGCAACAAAGACAUUCCGCAUUUCUACUGUGGUUGAGUUUGGGGAAAACGGACCAUGUGUUCUUAUUGUACACCUUGUAAAAAAGAGUAUAUAUUAUGGAUUUGAUGAAUGAAUUUUUGAUAUUUCAAUUUCUCAUUAAGUUAUUGAUGGUUAAAAAAGAGAAAAUUUUAACAUUCAUAAUUUGAUAAAUGUGAAAAUACAAAAAAAAAAAAAAAUUAUUUAUUUAUUUACAUAAAUAUAAUAUACACAAAAAGCAACAAUGGACAAUGGGUUAUAUUUACCAGCAUACAGAAUAUGUCAUUCAUGCUUUGUGGUUUUAUUUAACUAAAUCCUUCACAAAAAGAUUAUUUUGUUUCUAUGUUUUAAAAGGGUUGAACUUCAAAGACAUUGAUAUUCUUCUGGACUUCUAUGUAGUUUCUUUCAUAGAUUUUAAUCAGUGCUCAUCUAAUUUCUACGUUGGCGGUACUGUUCCGUGGAAUGGCAAUGCAGAUUACACAAUAGUAUUGAAAUAUUAUUUUUAAUUAAAAAUAAAAUCAAUUACGUGUUUAACUAAUGUUUUUCGCUUUUUUACAGGAAAAAGCAAUUAUAUCGCUAGAAAAGUUGAACAUUAUAAAAGAAAAAACACAUUUCAAAUUUACAUUAAACCCGACAUUGUGUGAUGUUAAUGGCCAGUCUUACUGUAAUGUAACAUUUCAAAAGGUAUUAAGGAACAUUAAAACUCAAAAUACGAAUUAUAUAUCUGUUUUAUGCGAUUCCUUUACAAAGUUUAUUAAUAAUAAUUUAGGAAACUAUAUGUUUAUUUAGGUAGGAUGCAUAUAACGCUACAUACAAAUAGGCAGAUCACAAUACUUUUUGUUAGAAAGAGGACGAUUUUUUACAGUGUGGAUUGGACUUCGAUUUUUGAUCACAUUGCUAAAAACAAAAAUAUUAAAAAUUUAAAAAUUUGUAAAAAUUUGCAAAAUUCACUCUUACUGUACGAUUUACAAAUAUAAUUUUUAAAAUUGAAGUUCAAUGUGCCUUAUAAGAAGUCUUCCUCUUUCUAACAAAAAAACAAUUAUCGAAAUCUGAUCAUUCUAGGUACAAGGCGUGAGAGUUUUUCCUUUAACGCAUGUAUUUUAAGCAAAAAACAGGUCACACGCUGGCACUUUAAUUAUAAAAUACACAGAAAGCAUAGUAUAAAAAUUUAAGUUUCUAUUGAUUCGAUAUUUUUAAUUCUUGUUUGUUUGAUUAAGUUAAAAUAUCUAUUUAAAUAUUUUAUAGAAUUUAUGAAUUUUAAACUGUAAUAUUUCGUUUAUAUAUAUAGAGUUAUAUUUUUCUAAUUGUUCACUCGUUUUUUAUUUUCGUAGUUAUGACUAUUAAAUAAGGAAAUUGUUAGUAGUACACUCAAAUAGCUAAAAUUUCUUUAUAAAUUAUAAUUUAUAGGUUUGAGAAAUUACAGCAUUUUCCAAAAAGAUAUUUUUUAUUAAUGAAUUUAUAGUAAAAUUCUUGAACAUCGAAUAUAAGGUUACGUUUUUUAUAUUUUCCGUACAUUUAAAUUUUAUUUCGGUAAACUGUGUUGAUUGACAAAAAUUUUCAAGUUAAAUAAUGUGAUAGGUAGGUGAAGGAGGAAUAACUUUAAUGAGCACAUAUUUUUAGUAUUAUUUUUAACGUAUUCAUUUUUCUACUCAUAAGAGAAUAUGAUUGAUUAUGAUCAAUUAAUGGAAAAAGCGAUUAAUCGCGAUUAGUUUUUUCAUCCUUACGCCACUAUACGUAAUUAAAAGUUGCAAUGCUAAAGAAAAAACAGCGGGAAUAAAAAAUCAGCAGAUGAUAAAAUAUAUUCAUAAGUGAUAGGUUGUUAUAUUGACGUGCGUUGUGCCAAUCGCCAAUGACAGUAUUCUGUAUAUAUUAUUUAAUAUUUCUGAUUUCCUUUGUAGUGUACUAAUAAUGAGAGUUAAAAUAUGUAUGGUUUUUAAAAACACGAAAACAUAUUUUAUACAAAAUAUAGAAAAAUAAUUUCCUAUUAAUCGAUUUUCUAAUUAAUCCUGUAAAUAAUUGAGUUAUUUGAUUAAUCAAAAUAAUCGGUAAACAGCUAUAUACUCGUGUACAUUACAAUAUCUAUACAAGUUCACCAAUUGUUUUAACUAGUAUAAGUUAAGUUAUUAUAAACGAAAAAAAAAACCAAAUCUAUUAGUUAACGCUGUUAUCAACAAAAGGAACCUAUAAUUUAACAUUUAAAUGUUUAACUAGUUACUGUCCAUCUUUGCAUAUAAUUGGGUCAAAUUAAGACACUGAUUUUUUCAAGUAUACAUUCAAACAAAUAUUUGAUAAUACAAUAUUUGUAUGGGAAAGAUCAAUAAUCAGAUAUUAAUAUUUGUUGAACAAUUAUAUUUAUAUAGGUAUUAGUUAUACUAUAAUAGUUAUACAUAUAAUAAUACGUACACAGACAGAAUUAUAAAUGUAAAUUGAUACAAAUAAAUUAUGUUCCAAAGUGUUAGUAUUGUAUAUUAUAAUGUAUGUCAAUCUGUAAUGAGCGGAUACAUAUAAAUUAAUCUCUAUAUAUAAAACCCUAUUUCAAUUUUUUUUUCUGUGUAUAUAGUUGUGCACAAAUUCAAGUGAAACAAGCGAUUGGUGUGUAGACACCGAAGAGACGUUCCGUGAAAAAGUAAUGUUUUAUUAACGGAAAAAAUUCACAUAAUUCAUUUGAACCGUUAACAUUUUGAGUUGUUUUUUUUCUCUAGGGACGAAUAAGUAAACAAUAUGCAGCAGGAUUUGUCGUAGACAAUAUCGACUUGAAUGACCCACACGGUUGUUGUCAAUGCGACAAUCCGUUCCCUUCGUUUUAUUACAUUUUAGACGGUUGGAAUGAAAAUCUUACGCAAAAUGAUUGUCCUUUAAUGCAUAACAAAUAG